AUGGAACUCGACCGUAUCGAUACUUUUUUUGCUGAGACUGACCAAGAGCUUAGAACCGCGGAAAUCGCAGCCAAUUCUCCUCGUUUUCGUCGGAGAUCUUCAACUUUCAUUGAUGGAGUUCAUGAUUUGCCAGAUGAGAAGGCCACUUUGGCCCCGGCUCAAUUGUAUUCAACCGAGUCGGGUAGACUUUUUCAUUCUGGAAGAAUCGCUAUCGUUCUAGUUGGGCUUCCUGCACGUGGAAAGACGUUGGGUGUUAAGACCAGAAUUUUCCAUUUGGGAGAUUAUCGACGUGCUACAAUGGGCCCAGGUCAGGAUGUUCCUGAUGAUUACUUCUUCAUUAAUGCAUCUGCCGCUUCAGUUAUGCUUAGACAGAAAAUUCUUAAGAAGUGUCGUGAGGAUAUUUAUGCUUGGCUCAAUCAUGAAAAUGGCCAAGUUGCUAUCUAUGAUGCUGUCAACCCUCUUUCAGGUGGACGUAGAUCUCUUGCAAAAGAGUUUGCCAAGCAUGAUGUACAGUUCGUUGGCAUGGAUCCCGAAGAUGCUGCCAAACUUUAUCUCAAAAGAAUUGAUAUGAAAAUUCCUCACUUUGAAACUAUGACUGAAACUGACCUCAAUUAUGUUAAAAUGAUCAACGCCGGCGAGCGCAUCGAUUAUAACAACGUUAGCUUUGGCUACCUAUCCCAUCGAAUUGUCUUCUACCUUAUGAACCUUCAUAUCAAAUCUCGCCAAACAUUCUUCGCCCGUGCCGGCACAUCUAGCUUAGAUGAUUCUUACAAAGCCGAUGCAUCACUUUCAGAUGAAGGUCGAGCAUAUGCCCAGAAGAUGUCAGAUGCAUUACUCAAACACCGUGAAGAAGAAAGAGCAGCUUCUAUUGCAGCAGGUGGCUCAGAUGAACCACUUAAACCAUUAAGUGUUUGGACAUCUACCAGAAAGAGAACAGUUGAGACGGCGGAGUAUCUUAGAGGAAAAGGAUUUAGAGUUAGACAGAGAAGUCAGAUGAGUCAGUUAAAUCCGGGUAUUUGUGAAAAGAUGAGUGAGAGAGCUUUGAGAAGAUUGUACCCGGAAGAGGUGAAGAUGCAUGAGUUGGAUCCUUAUCAUCAUAGGUAUCCUCGUGCUGAGUCAUACCAUGACCUCGCAGUCCGCAUGGAACCAAUUAUUCUCGAGCUCGAGAGAGAACAAAAUGAUCUUUUAAUUAUUGCUCAUGAAUCUGUUUUGAGGGUUCUUUAUGGAUAUCUAAUGGCUUGUGAUGCUAUGAAUAUCCCUACCCUUAAGUUUCCUAGAAAUGAAAUUAUCGAGAUAAUUCCCGCCUCCUACCAAAACGAAGCAAAACGUAUUCACAUCGAUGGACUCGCCCCAGAAAUCAUCCCCGGCUCCCCGGAAGAUAUUAGAAUCCCAGUACCUCCUUCCACUGGCCCUUCGGCUAUUCCUUCGGGCGUUCAAAGCCCUUUCCCGGGAAUUGGUACGCCAGCUUUAGGUGGAAGUGGAGUAGCUACUCCUGUUGGUGGUGGAGAGAAGUUUCUUGGGGAGAAGAGUAGUAGUAUUGGGGGAGAAAAGGGUAAAGUGGUGGGAACGGGAAUUAAUCCUUUGGCGCAGGAUUAG